UUGCUAUGAUUAAUAGUAAAAGUAAAAUUAAUUUUGUCCUCAAUUCCUUUCACCUAUUUUCACUCCCACACAUUAUUCUCAAUUUUAAUAAUGCUAACGUGUUAACACAAAAAAAGCAUGAGGUUUUCAGUAAAUCCUUGUUUCAUUGCUUCUUUUUUUGCAAUAAUGAAAGUCAACCAGCACUAUCUGGUCACUCUCUCCAGGUCAUUGACAUGCUUUAGCUGUUGGUUUUAGGUUAGUGUGGCAGCCGAGUGACUGACACAAGUCCCUCCCUUCAAGGAAUUACUACUACCAAAACAACCACUCCCACUCCAGACAUACCCAAGCUGCAGCUUAGGGAAGCAGAGAGACAGCACAGGAGAGUCAAGUAACUCAAAGACAGGGACACAGUCGUGAAAAGAGAGAACGAGAGACAGAGGUAAUGAGGGAGGGGGAAAAGACCGUGAGAGGAAGAGGAGAUCUUAUUUCCACCAGUCAGGAAAAAAAACAACCUCAGGGACUUGAAAGAGAGAAGCAGAUUGAGAAAGUGGAACAGACUGUGUGUGCCUGGAUGGAUGAGAAAAGAGGAAUAUCACACGCUGGCAAGAAAGAGAAGUGCAAGUGAGUGACAGAGGGAGAGCCGGGUAAAGAACCACAUACUGUCAAACGCUCAGAGCUCGGGGAAAAGCAGCAGCAGCGGUGUGGAAUAAUCUUGGACGGAGGGUUGGAUCUGACUGUACUCGGGUUUGCUCUCAAGCAGCUUGGCAGACCUGACCACUCCACCGAACUAACACUGAGGGAAGGAAGCUCCCACUGGAUCACUUCAGACCAGUUAGGACUGUGGUCAGGCACUGCAGAGGGCUGGUCAGAGGACUCCAGGUGGCCCAGAGGGGGUGUGUGUGUGUGUGUGUGGCUCUAUGUGUGUGUGUGUUUGCAGAUGUAAUGUGGAAGGAAAAACCAGACCAUGAGUAUCAUUCUUAAACCACGGUCGCGCUCCACCAGCUCAUUGAAGAACACAGAGGGAAUAUGUUUCGAUGUGGACAAUGGCACGUCAUCAGGUCGCAGCCCCCUGGACCCCAUGGCCAGCCCGGGCUCAGGCCUCAUCCUGCAGGCCAAUUUUGUCCACAGCCAACGGAGAGAGUCGUUCCUGUACCGCUCCGACAGUGACUAUGACCUCUCACCCAAGUCUAUGUCCCGGAACUCCUCCAUUGCCAGUGACAUUCAUGGUGACGAUAUGAUUGUAACGCCCUUUGCACAGGUUCUUGCCAGCUUGAGAACUGUACGAAACAACUUUGGUGCAUUAACUAAUCUACAGCAAGACCGAGCAUCCAAUAAGAGAUCACCAAUGUGUAACCCACCACCCAUCACCAAGACCACCUUCACAGAGGAGGCCUACCAGAAACUGGCCACUGAGACCCUGGAGGAGCUGGACUGGUGUCUGGACCAGCUGGAGACGCUGCAGACAAGACACUCUGUCAGCGAGAUGGCCUCCAACAAGUUCAAGAGGAUGUUGAACAGGGAGUUGACUCACCUAUCAGAGAUGAGCCGCUCUGGGAACCAGGUCUCUGAGUUCAUCUCCAGCACCUUCCUGGACAAGCAACAUGAAGUGGAGAUGCCAACACCUCAGACGCAGAAGGAGAAGGAGAAGAAGAACAAGCCCAUGUCUCAGAUCAGCGGGGUAAAAAAGCUGCAACACUCCUCUAGCCUCACAAACUCUAAUAUCCCUCGCUUCGGAGUUAAGACUGAGACGGAGGAUGAACUUGCUAAGGAGCUUGAGCAUGUGAAUAAAUGGGGCCUUAAUGUUUUUAAAAUCUCAGAGUUCUCUGGGAAUCGGCCACUGACAGUCAUGAUGCACACUAUAUUCCAGGAAAGAGACUUGUUAAAAACAUUUAAAAUUCCACUUGACACCUUUAUAACAUACCUGAUGACCUUAGAAGACCAUUAUCAUGGCGAUGUGGCCUACCAUAACAACAUUCAUGCUGCUGACGUCACCCAGUCAACUCAUGUGCUGCUAUCCACCCCCGCCCUCGAGGCUGUGUUCACAGACCUUGAGAUUUUAGCUGCCAUCUUUGCCAGUGCAAUUCACGACGUGGACCAUCCUGGCGUCUCCAACCAGUUCCUCAUCAACACCAAUUCAGAGCUAGCGUUGAUGUACAAUGACUCAUCGGUGUUGGAGAACCACCAUCUAGCAGUUGGUUUCAAGCUUCUACAAGAAGAGAACUGUGAUAUCUUUCAAAACAUGACCAAAAAACAAAGACAAUCACUGCGAAAGAUGGUCAUUGACAUUGUGCUAGCAACAGACAUGUCGAAGCACAUGAAUCUACUGGCUGAUCUGAAAACUAUGGUGGAAACCAAGAAGGUGACCAGCUCUGGUGUCUUGCUGCUGGACAACUACUCUGACAGGAUACAGGUUCUACAGAACAUGGUGCACUGUGCAGAUCUGAGCAACCCCACCAAGCCUCUCCAGCUGUACCGACAGUGGACGGACCGCAUCAUGGAGGAGUUCUUCAGCCAGGGUGACAGAGAGCGGGAGAGGAGCAUGGAGAUCAGCCCUAUGUGUGACAAACACAACGCCUCGGUAGAAAAGAGCCAGGUUGGCUUCAUAGAUUAUAUCGUUCACCCUCUGUGGGAGACGUGGGCUGACCUGGUCCACCCGGACGCCCAGGACAUCCUGGACACGUUGGAAGACAACAGGGAGUGGUACCAAAGCACUAUCCCCCAAAGCCCCUCUCCUACCUUGGACGAGCCUGAGGACGGCACUCGACCACCAGGAGGGGACAAGUUCCAAUUUGAGCUCACCCUGGAGGAGGACGGGGAGUCAGACACUGAGAAAGACAGCGGCAGCCAGCCGGAGGAGGAGGAAGACGAGGAUGAGGAGGAGGAGGAGGAUGAGGAGGAGGAAGAAGACGAGGAAAACAGCUGUACUGACUCUAAAACACUCUGUACACAGGACUCUGAAUCAACAGAGAUUCCUUUAGACGAACAGGUGGGGGAGGACGAAGAGGAGGAGGUAGCGGAAGAGGGGGAGACACCCUGCUCACAACCGUGUGCCGUGGAGGAAGAGGUAGCAGAGGAGAAAGAGGAAACCCCUGACACAUAGCAGUUUAUGGACAGCACCUGAUUAACUGUUCUUCUUAGUAAUGACAGAUGAUUAUUUAUAGAAUAUUUUUUGGGGUUUUGUGGGGUCUGUCUGUGUUUUUUAUACAUCUAUGUUUAUGGUUCCAAAGCGUGUGCUGCUCUCCACCUUUGCCACUCCGCCUGUCAGCUUCGUUCAGACACGCCCACCGGUACUUCAAGUUUUUUUGCACUCAGGAAAACUCCUCUCCAUACCUGUUUGUACUAAAGUGGUGUGUCCUUAUUUCACUUCUACGCCUUCCCUUUUACAAACUUAAGUUUAGUACAUUUAGUACAGUCUGCUCAGUGCUGUUCACAUAAUAUCAAAUUUUCCUUUCGUCCGCUUCGUCUCAGCCUUGUCUAAAACUUUAGCGGUGUUUCUGUGUUUUAUCAAGUGCCCAUACUCCACAGAGACGGCUAACGGUGUGUUCAAGGAGAAUCUCCCUCUCAAUUAGGCCAUUUCCUUUCUUUUUCCGAAUUAGGAGGCAUUUUAUGCUGCUGUCCGCUGAAAACCUGAUGGCAGAUGACGCCGCAGAGAUGAAAGCUGGAUGGCUGGAUUACAUUUGGAGUGUUCUGAUGUGUUUGCACUUGCUCCAAUAUUGCAUUUAUACUACUAUUCCCAUGCCACUAUACCCCUAUUUGGUUAUUCCUGUGAGUUGAAAAUUGGAAUUUAUUCAUAGUUUUUUUUAUUAUUUUGGUGAGAAUUUUUAUUGACUAGGAAGCAGGAACCCGAAGUCUUAUGCUUUACUCUUGAAUUUGUUUAUUGAAAUUGUUUAUGAUGAAGUCUUUCAAUUUUAUUAUUGUUGCCUGCAGUUCUUUUGAACACAUCCUGAGACAAUGCAAUGCUUUGUAGUUGAUACAGAAAGCACCUUUUUUAGAAGCUUGAUUAGUGCUCAGAGUAUACAGAAAUAGUAAUGGUGUUAAAAACUACUGGGGUGAUUUUAUACCAAUGUUAUGAAAGCUUUUAUUGUCCUUUUAUUUUUCUUGCCCAUUUUGUUUGACGUCCACAUCACAAACAGCUGCAUACUUUGUUUGUUUUCAGAAACUUUAUUUUCUGUUAAGAGGUAUGCAUUUUUUUUUCAUCAAAAUAAUGUUUCAUUUUGCCUUCUCUACAUUAAACCCAGUUGCUGUCUUUGUUUUCGACAAGACAAUCAGCUCCGUUGCGUAGUCAUCAGAUAAAUCUAUCCUCUACGUAGAUAUUCUAAUGCACUGAUAUGUUCAUAUAUCACCACUUAAAUAUUUGUAAUAUGUUUAAACACGCCAAAACACUCACUCAUGAAUACAUAGGCUUGAACAGUGCUGUCUUACACCUGGGCCAAGACUCUUUUUCCAUGUUUCUAUCAUUUUUCACUUUACACCUGAUGCUAUUAUUUAUUGGUAUACUUUUGUAAUUGUUGAGUCAUUUUUGCAAUAUAAAGGUGGUACAGUAAAUAUUUAACUGUAGCAUAGACCACAGUACAGGCUUGGCAGUUACAAUACCCAAAUAUACCUUUUUUUUCUCUGUGUACAUAAAAUAUGAAAAAUCAACAAAUGUAAAAAGAAAAAAAAAACUUGAAAUACUGCACAUUGUUUUUUUAAAGGGGGCUUAUUUUAAUUUUCAUUUCGAAACUUCAUUCAUUCAUUUUGUGCCAAGAUUUUUUUUCUCUCUCUUUUUCAUCUUCACCCAAUGCCCUUACCUGUAAUAAAAUGUUCUGGUUUUAUCGCUGUUUACAAAAUUAUAUUUAUUGUGCUGUAUAUAAUAUAUAAUUAUUAAUGUUAUUACUAUCAUAAUGCCGUUUGCUGUAAAUGGUUGAUUCUUAUCAUCCCUUUUGAUGAUGGUGUGGCUGUAUUAUGUACAAUUUGUUGAGAGAAUGUUUAUUACAGUGUAAAAGCUUCAGUGUAAAAAUGAUCCAUUGACAUGUUGCUUAUCUGAGAAGUAGCUCAGUGAAGAGAGGGGGAAAGCCAAAUUGUUUUUUAAAAAGAAACUGUUCCUUGGCCCAUGGGCUGUGCCUUAAAUUCAACGCAUGUCAUUUACUUUAGCCUUUUUUUCUAUUUUUUUUUUCUAGUUCUCUUUUGCUGCAUUAGUGAAUAUUUGGCUUGGGUUGGCCUGAUCUCCUGUUGUGAAUUGGAAAAUGUUGCCUUUUUACUAUCACAACCAAACACAUACUGCUCCAUCAAAAAUGUGUCUCUGAAGAAAAUAUGUUGUCAGUGCAGAAGCUUGCAGGGAUUCAGGUCAACCACAAGCCAAAGAUGUCCUACUUGAGUGAUGUGUGGCCUAUAGCCGGAUGUCCAAGAGUCGUAUUUGCUGUAGACCUGGUCGAAACAACUCACACCUUCCUUACGCCCUGCCACUACACUCAAAGAUGUGACUAAACCGGUCGGAUUUAAACGAUAUGGGAGUAAGUUUUCUGUGUGUGUGCAGAGUUACUGCAGUGUCGUCUACAUCCAUGUGGUUGUACCACAGCUCCAAACACUGAAUGGGGUGCAACAGGAGUGUGUAGUUGCUUCGCAACCACAGCCUACGAAGCACAGAGGCUUUGAGACACAUCUGCAUGUUCAGCCACUGCUGCAUUAAUUAUGGCUGAAACACUGACAGUGUGUUGCUUAUCUAUGCUCGGCCCACACUUCCACUCGCAUUACUUGCAAUAUUCAAAACAACUGACAUCUUUCUGCCGGACAGGAGAAGGGUUUAGUAUAUUUCUGUAGUGAAGGGCAGAUUGGGGUGGGUGGGAUGGGGGUUUGGGUGAGUGCAUCAUUGUCCCGAAACAGGGACUCUUAUUUUGACACACAUACUGUAGAUUCUAAACAGCCCUGGACCAAUGGAAACAGUGGGUUCUUUUCUCAUUCUGUGUUCUAUUUUUUAUGGUAUGAAAGGAAAACACAAACUGUAACUUAAAAAAAGGUCUUCAGGACAAUUAUUUUUUGGGUUAUGUCUUUAGAAUGCCAACUUGUCUGGACGUUUCACAGGACAAUUAAAAUGUUAUUUUAAUGGAUUCCUUGUUAAUUGCAGUCUAUUGGAUAGCACUGUAGAUCAUACAACUUUAUGUAAAAAAACAAAUAAAAAAGAAUGAAAAAAAAGUUUUUAUAUGCAAUGGAUUAAAUAAAAGCAUGGGUUGAUUCUGCCUACUCACUG